CUAUGCAUGUCCAAUUUGGUAUCAGGUAUAUGCCGAGCUACUAUCCACAAAAUAUUGCUCUGAAAGUUAGCUGGGAACUAAACUAGCUGAAAAUUUGGGAAAGUCUACCUGCGAGAAAGAUCCCGAAGGGCAGAAAAUCCAAACGAUGGACCCAUACGGUAUACCAGAUGAUAUGAUAACAAUACCUCCUAAAGACCACUUACAAACGGUCAAAUACGUGAAACACUUUGACAUACAAGGAAAUCGGGUGCGACCGCCUAUGAAGUACAACAAGAUGGAAGGUGGCAACCUUUUCCUGGAAUACCUCAUGUCUGUGCAAGGUCCACAAGUGGUUGACAGGCUAAUGACAGUAGGCUUUCGUCCUGAAAGAGGGGCGGAAACUGACUGCUCAGAAAGGAUCCUAAAAAGAGGCAUUCUUUUUAGCGGCGAGGUUUAUCGAUUCCUCGGCCAUUCCAACUCUCAACUUAAGGAGAGAACUUGUUUUCUAAUGAACGACUCGGAUGAGCACAUUUACGAGCUGCUCGCGGAGUUUGGCAAGUUUUCCCAGAUCAAAUCAACCGCCAAGCGUGCAAAGAGAAUUGGACUGUUAUUUUCCUCUUUCAAUCAAAGCAUAACUCUGGAAGAACACCAGUACGAUGUUGUCAACGACAUCGAGCGCGGAAAUUAUAUUUUUACCGAUGGAUGUGGUUUUAUGUCAGAUUCAUUCGCGCAAGAAAUACAAGAUGUACAACACCUUGAAAGCAAACCUUGUGUGGUACAAGUCAGGUACCAAGGCUUUAAAGGUGUCUUGCUCCUCAAUUCCCAGCUAACCGGUGGCGUAAAGGUACAGUUUCGUACGUCCAUGAGGAAAUUUGCUAUUCCGGAUGAGCAGAUGCGCCGAACUUGUACCACGUUUGGUGUCGUAAAGUGUUCCCGGCCAUACACCAUUGGCUACCUUAACAAGCAGAUUACGAUGCUGUUGGCGGACAGCGGAGUUAAGCACAGCUACCUAACUGGGCUGCAGAAUGAUUAUCACGCAUUGCUCAGAGAGGUCUUGGGCAGUGAACAAACCGCCGAGUUCUACCUGCGUAUCAAAGGUGAGCACAAAUUUCUCAAUUGGUUGCACGACGAUGGUUUGAAAAGUGACAGCUUACAAAGGGAACUCAAAAGUCUUCGUAAUAAGGAAAUUCGCAAAAUGCAGAAAGAAUCCCCUAAGGAUGGAAACGACGACACCAGUCAAACAAAUGGUUCAAAAUGUAAGCUGAGGGUUCUUGUUCCAAAUUCAAGGGUAGUGUUCGGUACAUGCGAUCCAUUUGACGACCUUGAGUACGGCCAGUGCGUUUUUCAACCAACUCUUUAUGACGAGGUGCAAAUUGCAGAGUUUCAAGCGGCUCAAGAAGUGAUUAUUGUUCGGAAUCCCUGUUAUCAUCCAGGUGACAUCCGUGUAUUGAAACUCGUGAAAAACCUCCGAAAAUACGAGUAUCUCAGUGAUUGCAUCGUGUUCCCUACAAGAGGGAGCCGACCGCACGCCGACGAAUCUUCAGGAGGGGAUCUUGAUGGCGAUGAAUUCUUCGUGAGUUGGGAUCAGGAUCUGAUUCCUCCAUGGCGCAGUGCUCCCUUUGAAUACUCGUGUAACAGUCCACUCGUCGCGAUUCCAAACGCGGUUAAAGGCUACUUGAAUCAGUUUACUAGUUACUUAAGAGAUUUCAUUACCAGCUGGGCACACCAUUACAUGCCAUCGUUGUUUGGCUCAGUAGAGCACGCCGAGAAAGCUAAAAAAGAGAAAGAGCGAAGACACAUGCUCGAAUACUUCACGUCUUUCAACAAUGAUGUGGUUGCAAGAGUUGACGCCGUCUUCAUGAAGUAUGCUGCUCUGUACGGACCGUCAUGUUGCGAAUGCGUUUAUUUGACCAGAUUUUUCUCAGACGCCGUUGACAUGUUGGCGGAGAAGGACGUAGUGCUCGCCAAGGUUCGGGAAUUGAAUCGCGACUAUCCCCGUGGAUUUUUCCAGGAUGCAUCCGCACGACAACCGGAUUUCUUUAGACGCAUCCUGAUCCGAAUGAAAAUGCGGAAACCACCAUUCCAACCAGGAGAUGACGUGUGGACGCGCAUGGAAGAGAAAACGCGAUCAUUUGUGGAGGAAAUGUCGGGACGACACUAGUAUCGAGUUGCCCGAGUAUGUUUACAUAUCUUGUCAAGCAGGAGCCCGAUAAUUCUGCCUUAAGUCUUCAUACGAUGUUGACCAUGUGAAAAGUACACAUUUGGAAAUUUUCUGUUCCCCAACAGAAAGUUUUCGUGUCCGGAGACUAUGAACAGCAUUUUGUCAAAAUCGGAGUUCCUUGCUCUCGCAUCAACUCAUCAGACAUAUGUUUCGCACGCUCGUUAAAUCCAAUUUUUUUUUGCAAAUAUCUAUUUUUACAAAGAGUAGGUGAAAAUUAACAGUAAUUGAUUGAAUGAUUAAGUUCCCCUGUGAUACAGUGUUACUUUUACAAUCAUUCCAUAUUCUGUUCUUUUUCGUUUUUUAUUAGCUCUGUAUGUAUCCCAUAUAUUAUUGAAAAAGCAUCAACUGUGUUAUACUUACGGAAGUAAAGAUUUCCAAAGAUCCACGGUUGAAAGAGGAAAUUCUGACAGUUUUCGGAUAAACAUUCUUUCCGCGGACAGUUUAACAACCUCGCCUGAAAAUACGACGGUGGAAAAUAAACAGAAGAGUGAAAACGUGGCAAUCUAAUCCGUAAUGGUUAACUUGUACAUUUUUAAAUUCUCGCAUUUUACUGACAAAGGUGUCGAUGAGAGUUCAUAUAUUAACCCUUUACACCCUAACAUCCA